AUGUCUGCUGGAAAAGUUAUUGUCUACGGUGGUAAAGGAGCUCUUGGAUCCACAAUCCUAGAAUUCUUCAAGAAACAAAAUUUCUGGACUCUCAGCAUUGAUAUCAGUGCUAAUGAUCAAGCCGAUGUUAACGUUCAAGUCAACAGUGAGGCAACCUGGGUAGAACAAGAGAAGGCUAUUCUGGAAAAAGUUGGGGCUGCAGUAAAUGGACAAGUUGAUGGAAUAUUCUGCGUAGCCGGUGGAUGGGCUGGAGGAGAUGCUGCUAAUGAGGAUUUUAUUAAAAACAGUGAUUUAAUGUGGAAGCAAUCUGUUUGGAGCAGCUCAAUUGCAGCUAGAAUUGCUGCUAAGCAUUUGAAGGAAGGUGGUGUACUCCAGUUGACGGGAGCCGCUCCAGCUGUCGCUGGCACACCAGGAAUGAUUGGGUACGGAAUGGCUAAAGCAGCAGUACAUCAGCUUGUAAAGUCAUUGAGUGCUAAUGGAUCUGGGUUGCCAAAAGAUACUACAGUAUUCGCCCUUCUUCCAGUUACUCUCGACACACCCAUGAAUCGUAAAUGGAUGCCAAAGGCUGAUUUCGCAACGUGGACCAGCAUGACUUGGGUUGCCGAACAAUUGUACAAAUGGGUUGGCGGUUCAUCUCGUCCUGAAUCUGGCAGUCUCUUGAAACUAACCACAGUCAACAACGAAACAACCAUUGAAAACCAAUAG